AUACAUUCUACUCUCGUUUAGUUCGGGCUACUCGAACAUUUGUUUACCAAUCGCAACUCGGUGUUUUCUUUUCUUGGGUUACUCACUGUUUUUCUAUCUUGUAUAGCAUAGCUAUCAUAAGCCUCACUACUGUUAGGUCCAGGCUCUGUGUGGCGUUGAUUGAGAUCAUUGUUCUAGUGGAGGUUAUCCCCGCUCGACUCAAACGUCCAAUCCGAUUUAGAGUCAACCUACAUUCUAUUACGGCAAGACGAGCCACCGAAAGACAGUCUCAUUUGGAGAGUCUUAUCUCAAACCUUUUGAUAGAAGCACUGCAUUUCUUAGACUGUUUCAACCUAUCAAUUAAAUUCCUUCACAUUACUACCAGUACUCUUUGCUGCACUCGAAUCGACUCAUCCCGGUUGGAGCUAUUCUACCUUGUUGAAAGAUAUAUCAGAGCUUAUUGGGUGACCGGAUCUUCAAAUAUGCCCGACUCUAACAUGAAGCAUCUCACUGGGGUUUUCCGAGCAACAGACAACCACAAAGUCACACGCAAUCGAAAGCCUGUCUCAUGUAUGGCGUGUCAGAAACGCAAGUCGAAAUGCGACCGUGAAAAGCCCUCUUGUGGUGCCUGUCACAAACGUGGCGAUCCAAGAUCUUGUGUAUAUGGAGAUGCAAAUGGACUCGCGGACAAGGAAGAGAUGCAACUCAAAAUGGCCAAACUGGAAGAGAUCGUGAUGCGUCUGGCCAAGGCUUCAGAAGCUUCAGGCGCUCAUCCCAGCAUUGCAAUGACAGAGGAUACAAACUUGCCUUCUCCACAGGUAGUUGAGGAGGGAUCUGAUGCUGCAUACCACGGGGAAACAUCUUGGGAGGCUGUGCUUAAGAGUAUCCAUGAUAUUCAGAGUGUUCUCAGUACGCAAGACGAGCCGGAUCAUCAUGGCGAGCCCGAGACUUUAUCCCCUGCGCCAGACAUUGCAAUGGGGGGUAUCUCCCCUAUCACGAUGAACGAAAUCCUCAAUAGCAUCCCAUCUCGUCAAGAAGCUGAUAUUCUAGUCGGCGCGUACUUCAAGGCCAAGUUCCUAGCUGUACCCUUCAUCCACGAGCGUCAUUUUUGGCGGCGUUAUGAACUUUUCUGGGCUUUCGCUCAGAAUUCCAACUUCUUAUGGCUGAGUAUAAUGUUCUCUAUUCUCAGUCUCGGUACAAUGGUAUGCAAAAUUCAACAACCUCAUGUUGAACUGCUUCAAGAGCCAGAUUUCUACAUACAACGUUCUGCUCAAUGUCUUGUUACGGGGGAGUAUCUCAAAGCUAGACCGUAUUCUGUCGAGGCGCUCACACUGUACGCUCAUGCGGUCAACGCCAAGAGAAAGGACUCAGAGGCUACUAUAUGGUCUCUCUAUUCACUCGCCGUUCGGCUCGCUCAGCGUAGAGGCUAUCACCUCGAUGCAGCAAGAGUGUCACCAAACAUCAAACCAUUUGAGGCUGAGAUGAGACGGCGGACGUGGUUUACUGUGCAGACUUCAGAUCUGCUUUUCUCCUUUCAGCUUGGUAUGCCUCCCAUGGUUUAUCAAGAAGUUUGCGACGCCGGGCAUCCUCGAAAUUUAUCAGAUGAUGACUUUGACGAGGAUUCGGAAGUGCCUGAGUCUCGUCCUCCAACAGAUCCCACUCCCAUGUUGGCAUGGCAGACAAAAUCUCAUCUCUGCCGUUUACUGCGUCGUGUUCUCCGGCACGUUCUUCGAGUCGAGUCUCCGCCUUACGAGGAAACGAUGGCUCUCCAAGCUGAGUUGGAAGUAUUUCACAACAGUGUCCCUGAAUGUUUGCGCGUUCGCCCCAUUGCCACCACUCCAUAUAAUAUUCCGGCCUAUACCACCAUGCACAGGUUGAUCAUAGAAGUGUCAUAUCUAAAGACAAUAUGUGUGCUCCACCGGCCUUACUUCACUGUCGAGAAGAAUCAGGAAAAGUACAGAACAUCUCGUGAACUUUGUCGCACCGCCGCUCUUCGGAUUAUCGAGAUUCAUCUUGAGUUUGAGCAUGAAAUUCAAGAAGGAGGCCGCAUGUAUGAAGAUCGUUUCUUGCUCUCAAGCCUAACUCUGCAUGAUUUUCUUGUCGCGUCUAUGAUUUUAUGUUUAGACCUUCACGAGUCAACCGACAUAAUGCCACAAGACCGAAGACAACGUACGCAGAUACUGGAACACACCUGCAGGACAUGGGAGUCUCGCGCGAGUCACUCCAAAGACGCACGACACGGCGCAAAGGUCAUUCGAGCGAUUCUAAAUCACACCAAGACGCCAAAUACAAUAUCUGGAGUGGGGACUAUGGGUAUGAUAAACACAGCAUACCCCUACAGCGAGUCAACUUCAAGCAAUGAUAUCCGAGACUUCACGAUGGCAGAUUUUAAUUACCCCAGCAAUUGUGAAGAAUUCUUCCCAUUGAACAGUUUCUUCGGCCCUAAUGAUGGCUUCGAUUGGGUUAGUUUUGGUGCAAACCUACGCCGUCAACUCCCCGGUGCUCACUAACAAACAACAAGUUUUCCAUCGGUCAAUCCUGAGGCUGCAUACACGGCCGCAGACAGACGCGAACGUCGUUGAAUUACUAUGGCAACCAAGCAAGCACAGGAGCCGGAUCAGGAUGCGUAUUUGUUGUCAUCACGAAUGGCCGAGGAACGGGUCGCAUCUUGUAGCCAUAAUUAAAAGAAGGAUUCAUUGCAUCCUCCUAAUAGCUCACAUUGGCUAGUACACCGAUUGGGAACAUGUAGUACAUU